GGACACGGAGCUGGAGGGCGGGACUAACCGACGACUUCCGGUUCCGGGGGCAUGGGCGCCUAGGAGAGUUUUGCUUCCGGAGUCACAGCGACUGGCGCGUGCGGGCGACCCACGUUGCGGACAGAACACUAGAAAGGAGAGCGGUGACGCGAAGCUGGGGGCGGGAGCGUGGAGCUUCUGAAGUGGAGGGCAGAGCCCGGAGCCAGUGAGGACGCCGGGCCUGAGCGCGUGACCUCCAGCGGUGUGGAGGGUCCCUGUGAGCGCUAGGAACUAAGAGCGCCUGGAGUUGGGGUUCAGACAGGAUGCGGAAAGCCGUAGAGAUGAGGUUGGCGAGGAGAGUCCGUAGAGGGGUAGUAGACGUGAAGAGAUGAUACAGAGAAGCCGUUUAGAUUGAGGGACCGUAGAAGGCCCUAGAAAUAUGAGAAUCUUCAGAGAGGGGCGUAGACGAGAAAGGGUAGUAUAGGUGUGUAGGGAUGAAGUAGCAAUAUACAGGCAACCAAGGGGAUUAAGAACUGUGUUCUUAAAGAAGUUUUAGUAGAGAAAAAGAGAAAAGCCAGCAAUUGUGAGUUCUGUGAGUGCUUUGUGGAAGGUUCCAAGUGAAGGCACUAAACCAGAUACCAAAAGUUUUUGCAGCAGUUGCAUCCCACUCCAUUAGGAAAUGUGGCUGCUUCUCCGACGUGCGUAUCCUCUCCGGAUCUUGCUGCCACUUCGUGGGGAGUGGGUGGGUAGGAGAGGCCUGCCCCGAAGCUUGGCUCCAGGCCCUCCCCGUAGAAGGUACAGAAAAGAAGCGCUCCCAGCUUUAGAGAUACCUAUGUCACCUGUGACUACAACUGAAAUCCGCCAAUAUUUACGUGCACAUGGGAUCCCCUUCCAGGAUGGCCACAGCUGCCUUCGAGCACCAAGUCCCUUUGUGGCGUCCUCAGACAUCAAAAAUCAGAAUAAGGAUGCUACCACUUCCUUCUGCCUCUUCAUCGACAAGACCACAGGACACUUUCUCUGCAUGACCAGCCUAGCAGAAGGGAGCUGGGAAGACUUCCAGGCCAGUGUGGAGGGACGAGGGGAUGGGGCCAAAGAGGGAGUCCUACUUAGGGAGGGCCCAGAAGCUGAGGACAGGGAGGAGGUCUUGAGAAUCUGGAACCGAGCCAUACCUCUUUGGGAGCUUCCUGACCCUGAGGAAGCCCAGCUAGCUCGUGUGGUGUUUGGCCUUACCAAGGUGACAGAUGACACACUCAGGAGAUUCAAUGUCCGAUAUCUUCGAUCUACUCGAAGUCUGGUCUUUCCUUGGUUCACCCCUGGGAGCUCAGGAUUACGUGGCCUGAAGCUACUAGGGGCUGAGGGUCAGGAAAAUGGAGUACACUACGUAGACACCACUAUUCCCCGGCCUGGUGUCUAUCACAACCUAUUUGGAUUACCACUGAUCAGCCGUAGAGAUGCGGAGGUGGUCCUGACAAGCCGUGAACUGGACAGCCUGGCCUUGAGCCAGUCCACGGGCCUGCCAACCCUUUCCCUGCCCCGAGGAACGGUCUGCUUACCCCCUGCCCUACUCCCUUACCUCGAACAGUUCCGUCGGAUUGUGUUCUGGCUAGGAGAUGACCUUCGAUCCUGGGAAGCUGCCAAACUGUUUGCCCGAAAACUCAACCCCAAGCGAUGCUCUUUGGUGAGGCCUGGGAGCCAACAACCUCGUCCCCUGGAGGCCUUAAACCAAGGCUUAAGUCUUCCCCGUAUUCUUCGUACUGCCCUCCCUGCCUGGCACAAGUCUAUUGUGUCUUUUCGCCAGCUCCGAGAAGAGGUUUUAGGAGAACUGUCAAAUGUGGACCAAGCAGCUGGUGUCCGUUGGAGCCGCUUCCCAGACCUGAAUCGUCUGCUGAAGGGACAUCGGAAGGGCGAGUUGACGGUCUUUACAGGGCCAACAGGCAGUGGCAAGACAACAUUCAUCAGUGAGUAUGCCCUGGACUUGUGUACCCAGGGAGUGAACACACUGUGGGGUAGCUUUGAGAUCAGCAACGUGAGACUAGCCCGGGUCAUGCUGACUCAGUUUGCUGUGACACGGCUGGAAGAGCAACUGGACAAGUACGAAGAGUGGGCAGACCGUUUCGAGGACCUGCCUCUCUACUUCAUGACUUUCCACGGACAACAGAGCAUCAGGUCUGUCAUAGACACAAUGCAGCAUGCUGUCUACGUCUAUGACGUUUGUCACGUAGUCAUCGACAACUUGCAGUUUAUGAUGGGUCAUGAGCAGCUCUCUACUGACAGGAUUGCAGCUCAAGACUACAUUGUUGGAGCCUUUCGGAAGUUUGCUACAGACAAUAGCUGCCACGUGACUCUGGUUAUUCACCCACGGAAAGAAGAUGACGACAAGGAACUGCAGACAGCAUCCAUUUUUGGCUCAGCCAAAGCAAGCCAAGAAGCAGACAAUGUUCUGAUCUUGCAGGAUAGGAAGCUGGUGACUGGGCCUGGGAAACGGUAUCUGCAGGUGUCCAAGAAUCGCUUUGAUGGAGAUGUAGGUGUCUUCCCACUUGAGUUCAACAAGAGUUCCCUUACCUUCUCCAUCCCACCCAAGAGCAAAGCCCGACUCAAGAAGAUCAAGGAUGACAAUGGGCUGGUGGCCAAAAAGUCCUCUUCUGGCAAAAAAGGGGCUGUGCACCAGAACUCUGAGACUUGCUUAGGCCAGGACCCCAGCCCCUACCAGCCAGAUACCUCCAAGUCCUCAAGGUGAAAGCAGUGCACAGCUGCUUGCCGAAAUGAGCCUGGUAGACCAGGCUGACGCACAGACGCUUGGGCUGGGCUCGUCCAUAUAGUCCUGAGCACGGAACCUUUCUCAGCUCAGGGCUGGGUUCCAUGGUGAAAAAUUUUAAUUCAGCAGCUACUGGGGAUCUCCUGAAUGCUGGUUUGUUUGUUUGUUUGUUUGUUUGUUUGUUUGUUUGUUUUUCCCCAUAGGUUUUAAUGUAUGCACUGAAAAGACAAGGUCUGUUUCCAAAGAGCCAGCAUUCUGGUGAAAGGAGCAAAGCAAAGUGAAGCAAAGCUAGACUGCUCAGCUAGUUUUGAUUAGUCAGUCUAAAAAGGUGUCUGAGCAGAGUGCAUGUGAGAACUAGACAUGGGCCUUGUGAACCUCUGGAGAAAGGGACCUCGGGUGGGAAUGAGCAAGUCAGAUAAAGGGGGUGGCAGGAGAACCUGCCAUGAAACAGGAGGCUUGCUGAAACUCCAGCAUGUUGGCAUUCAGAGCCGAAGAAUGAUGCAGCAGACACCAAGCCUCUCUGCUCUGCUUUAUAGAGCCAGGUAGAAGAAUGGAUCUGAGGUGCUUAUCCUGUACGAUCAGGGCCUCAAAGACGGGAGCUGCUUCUCACUGGACCAUGGGAAGAAGCUGUAAGCCUGCAGUGCCUGCCCCCUGGGUACCGAUUCCACUGUAUGCUACAUCUGACAGCUGGAGCUAGGACUCUUUGUAGAGCCUUUUCCAGUUUGAAUGAAGCAUUUCUAUUGCCUUUG